CUGACCUUCUUAGGCCGUUAGUCUACUACUUAUUGCUUCUUUUCUGCUUCUUUUCACGCGUCCUUAAGCCCAUUCCAAUUUUUUCCGGAUAAGUGACCUUUAAAACGUUCGCCCCACAUGGCAUCUUCUGUUGUAUAUACUGUCGACGUUGAGUGCUCUAAUGACUGUGGUGCACACACAGAUAACAUCCGGUGCAUAUCCCAACACGAUCAAAUUGAAUUAAUAAUCGCCUGUGAUAGCAUUAUCUCCAUAGUGCCCCAAAAAAAGGAUGGGAAUAUAUUGUAUCGCCUGCUAUUCUUCCGGGAUGACGACGACACAUGCGACCAUGAGAGCAAACACACGUUACUCGAAAGCAUUCAGCUAGCUACUUUACCUCCACAAUUGCAAAAGCACCUGUUUACGGAGUUGCCGCCUUAUCUACGUUCCUCUGGUCCUGAAGGGGCUAAGAUAGAUAUCAUUGUUUCUACCACAUCUGGAACAGAAACAGGUGCGAGCUUCUGUAGCAACAUCCUACAGCCGUUGCUGUCAUACAUCGGAGUAGCAGAUUAUGAGCUCCAUGAGACGAAGUCGGCUCAAACUAUCAUAGAAUUAUGCUACGAGAAGUUCAUUCCGCGUGCCAAGCAAAGACUUCCGCAGACAAUUAUUCUCCUCUCAGGUGAUGGAGGCCUAACCGACAUAAUUGAUGCGUUCCACAGUACCCUGGAGAGUCUUCUCGUGCCUCCAACCAUUGCUCUCAUCCCCACUGGAACAGGAAAUGCUAUGGCGAAUUCAAUAGGAUUGUUGACGUACCCAACGGCUGGUUUGGUAGCAUUAUUACAAGGGACACCAACUAGUGUACCUACAUUUGUCGCCGAACUUUCACCGGGAGCGAGAUAUAUUAUUGACGAAGGCCGUGAAAGAGUCCCCAUUACACGCAAUUCGGCGAGCUUUCAAGGGAACCCCAAGGUUUACGGUGGCGUUGUUGCGAGUUGGGGUCUUCAUGCGGCAUUGGUUGCCGAUAGCGAUACUGUUCAGUAUCGCAAGUUUGGAGCCGAUAGGUUCAAGCUAGCCGCAAAAGAAUUACUCUACCCUUCUGACAGUGCCGAACCCCACAAGUUUAGCGGCAAGGUUACACUUUUCAAGUUGGACGACCAAAGUAGGAGCACGCGCGAAGAACUGCUGGCGUGCACCGAGCAUAUGUAUGUGUUGGCUAGUCUUGUCUCGAGUCUCGAGAAAAAUUUCAUGAUUUCUCCUUGCUCAAGGCCUUUGGACGGUCGGCUGUGGAUGGUUCAUUUUGAGCCAAUGUCGUCAUCAAAGGUUAUGCAAGUUAUGGCUUCUGCAUACCAGGCAGGGCAGCACGUGGAGGACGAAAGUGUCUCUUAUGGUGAAAUUGAAGGAUUCCGGAUUGAAUUUCGUGAAGCAGACGAGAGAUGGAGGCGGAUCUGCAUCGAUGGAAAGAUUAUAGCGGUUGAAGAUGGUGGCUGGGUGGAAAUCCAUAAAACUUCCAGGGCCUUACUUAUGAUAUUGCAGCACCAGAAGGCCUCGCCUGGAUGUAAUGACGAUUGAGAUAGUUACCAUGAAAGGAUAAAUCGCAGAGGUCAUGCCUGGGGUGGCCACUGCCAUAGC